UUAUAUACUGUGUUGUCUAACAUCCGGUUGCAAAGUUGCCACAUUCGUGGUCUUCCUAACCAAUUUGACUAUUUUGAAAAUAUAGUUGCGGGUAAAUAUUAUGGGGUUGCAGUUUUGGGCUGAUGAUAUAAUGUUCCACAGCAGCAGACUGUAAGAGGAAAAAGAAAUUAUUAUGAACGCAAGUGGCUUCUAAUGCUGUGUAAUACUGAAUCGCUAGCCGUCGAAAAUCAGACAGACGUAUACCGAAAUCAGGGUUGCCAAGGCAAGCUAUCUUACGGAAAUAUAUAUAAUUCUAUUACAAACCUAAAAUUAGCUACACCAGAAGCUAAUAUAUUCGUCUUAAAGUCUACUUGGACCCACUUUCAACUAAUUCAAAGAUGACGGCCGAACUACACUUCCCAUGAUGUUUUUCGUGACUGCACCUUUGCGCACCAACUAAUCGUUUACGUUAGAAACCUCGGCGCUUCAUUCUGAGAAAUGUGGCAACCCUGGAUCGGUGACUGAAUAUGGAUCUCUUUUUGAGAACAUUGCGGGAUCAGGAUGAUAGUGCGGUUUUGACCUCUUGUGAGCCUGAGCUCCAGGAACUAAUGCGUCAGAUUGACAUCAUGGUCGCUCAAAAGCAGACUCAGUGGGACCAAGAGAUGAAGGCCUUGAAGGGGAAUCUGGCAGAUAAUGAAAAGGACCUGAAAUCCACCAGAGAUCUCUUAGAGAGAAAGCAGGCUGAGGUUGAUCUGCUCCGCCAGCAUCUGGAGGAAAAUCGGGCAGAGAGGCAGGAGCUUGUGGCGAAGCAUGAGGAGCAGCUGCAGCAUUUACGCAGUGAGCUGGCCAAGCUGAAACACAGCUAUGAGAAGCUUCAACGCAAGUAUGUAAAGGAGGCCAGAAAAGGAGCCCGGAGCCAAGAGGAGGCCCAGAGCGAAGUGACUCCGCUUAGCAGCAAGAUCGAGCAGUUGCAGACGCCCCAUCAGCAGCAGGAGCCAACAAAUCACUGGUGCCAUGCAGAAGUGCAGAAGCUGCGGGGUCAGCUGGAGAGGGCUCAGGACGCAUUGCAGGUCCAGGAGCUACAGCUGAAGCAACUCGGCCUGCUCCAGGAGGAACUGGAAGAUGCUCAGAGGGAGCGACAGGUACUGACUGAGGAGAAGGUGGAGCUACAAGCCACACUGGAUGCGCAGGACAAGUUCAUGCUCAGUUCUGGUGUGAAGCAGCUGCACAGCAAGUUGACCUGGCUGACUCAAACCCUACAGGCCAAAGAGCACGUCAUUCAGUCUUUGGAGGAUUGCUUUGCAGACCGAGGUCUGUCUGCUGGUCUGACUCCACUCAGACAGGAUCUUGAGAAGACUCUGAUGCAGCUCCAAAGUUCUCGUGCCUUGGAGGAGCAGCUAAAGGCAGAGGUGGCCCGACUUCAGGACAUGCUUGAGAAGAUGCAGGGACAGAGCAACGCUUCAUCUGGAAAACAAGCAGAACCAAACCUUUUGGAAGAAGAAUACAGUCACUCUUUGGGGGAGGUGAAAAAGCUAAGAGAUGAGCUGGAGCUGACUGAGCAGAGGAGGCUUUGGGAGGUAGAAGGCAUGAAGAAAGAGGUGUCCCAGUUGGCCAGUGAGCUGCACCAGCGUGAAAUCACAAUUGCCACGCUCAGCGGGUCUGCCUCCAGCAUCGAGCGGCAACUGCGGGCUGAGAUGGAGCAGUCUGAGCAUAGGGCAGCUGAACUCAAAGUGACUCAAGUCCAGCUGGAAACUUUGAAGAUUGAGAACCAGCAUCUUACGGAGAUUCUGGAGCAAGUGGAGUCUAGGCCUCCUAAGAAGGUGGCCAGUCCCCUGGCCUCUCUUGGAGACAGUUAUGUGUCGUCCUUGAACAGCCUGGAGCAGGAAAACAAGAAGCUGAAGCAGGAGUUAGCAGAAGUUCAUUCCCGGUUGGAAGCCUCCACACAAAGCUGGCAGGAAAAAUAUGAACGGGCACUCCUACAGAGCCAAGGAAAAGCGUCCCAGCUAUGCACUGCCAGGGACAGUAAAGUUAAAGAAGUCCCGCACAGCCAUCAAGAUGCACUAGCUGCCAUGGAAGCUAAGAUGCAGGACGUCCGUCAACUGCAGAGACAGCUGGAGCCCCCACCCCAGGCCUUGCCCAACCAGCUGGACAGCCAGUCCUUGGGCAGCAGGUCUGCAUUGGCCACAUCCUCACUGUCUGCCUCCUACUCUCCCAUGGAGGGCCUGGCCCAAGGAAAGCCUCCCCUGCUUCCCCCACGCCUCGAUGACAGCGCCGAGCACUCCUCCAGCACCAGUCCUGUGGAGUUCCUGCACCUCAUUGGUAAAGAAGAGUCUUUUCUGCAGACACGCUGUGCUGUGUCCUCGGUGGAUUCGGUGGCCGCCCACUACCUUGAGGAGGAGAGCCUGCGCUCCCAAGAACUCCUACAGAAGCUGGAUUCCCACAUCCAUGAUAUGCUGGAGGACAAUGCAAAGACCAUGCAGAAGUAUCUUAAGGACAAGGCGAAGGUUCACUCUGAUUAAAAGUCUGUGGGCUGAACCAUCCAUUAUGAAAAGAGCAGUGUCAAAUGAAGAGCUCAUUGAAUGAACUGUAAAGAAUGGCUUCCCUUCUUUGGUGCUCAGUCCUCACUGUUACUGAAUGACUGUAGAACAGCAUAUUCUAGGACUUCUAUUUUGAAAUCAGCAAGGAUUCACCUUUAUUCAUUUCGGGCAGGUUUUUUUUCUUUUUUGCAGACUUGGUUUACCUUUGUAUGUUUGUGUAAUAUGUCACAAAAAGAUGGUUUUCGAGAGGUUUUAUUAAUAUAAUUAAGUUGUAUUAAAUGUCUUCCUGUUGUCCAGUGGCAAUAAAUGAUGAACUUACAAAUUGUCCAUUUCAUGAAGAAUGGUGAUGCAUGCUUGUUAUUGAGAACAAAGACAACAUUUAUAUGCAGUUACUGAGGUUGAUCACUUGUAUCACUGCGUAAUUUUGAGUAUGGGGGAAAAAGUAGUAAUAUUCAGUGAGGGGAAGCAUACGAUCAAGGUAUGUGAUGGAUUGAAGUACAGUGUCUUCUGCCAUAUAUACAUUUGAGCUUCUGUUUCCUAGGAUUGCGGCUCAACCCUCCUCCUUCAUGGGGUAUUAAGGUGCCUUAUUCUGCGGCCAAGGCCCCUGGCCACCAAAAAUCAUGGGCUCUUUGUAAUGGAGAUUCUUUCCUAUAGAAAUACCCACACUGACUUGAGGGGGGAGGUUCCAGUAUAUUAUUUGUUUUUGUCAUAGCAUCGACCUCACAUUAUAAUCAACUGUGCACUGUGAUUGGAGAAAUCUCAAAUAGUUUUAACCCAAGUAGUUUAAAUGAGGAGAUGGCUGAUUUUUCUCUUUUGAAGUGUUCAGGAUCACCAACAGGACUCUCGGGCUCUUGCUAGUUAGUGUUUUCCAGCAGUGAGAGACUCGUUUCUUCUUUUAUUUAGCUGCCCGGAUCAGCUUCUGGCCCCACUGUGACCUUGUGCUGCAAACGUAGUUGGAGGAUGGAUGAAUUUACCAGAGUUAGUGGGUAAAUUAGAUUAGUCUAUUGUAAUGAUCGGGCAGCUGUACAUUGACAACAUGAAAUAUUUCAAGAAAACAUGCAUCAGAAAGAAACACUUUAACGUAAGCAAAAGCAGGGUAAUAUGGUUGCUCAGUGGUUAGUAAUUCGAACCCUGAUACAAUCUAUAUGCAUGUUUUUCUAGUGUUUGUACAGACAUCCUUAGGAUACAUUCACUGUCACGCUGUGAGGGAAAGGUUGCUUUAGAAUACCAGUCUACAGUUUUAGUCCAUGUCAUACCACUGGAACUUUCCAAUACAUAAAUGCUAUGACUAGCAUCUUGCUGAUUAUUUGGCCUGAGAAAAUGUAAUAGCUUUGGAGUAAUACGGGAGUGUUUUUAUGAGCUGGCAACCCAUUAACCAGGCUAAACUGGUAUGGAAUGUUCUGAGGCUUGAGUCUUAAGUUUUUAUUUUAGUCGCUUUGCAUUUUAUUGGAAAAUAUAAUGCUUACGUGGAUGAAAGAUUAACGAUUUCCAUCAACUGAGUGCACUAAAGGUAAAUGAUGAGAUUGAAGCAAAAAUAAUGUGGGGAAAUGGGCUAAACAAGCUUCGGCAAAGUUCUGGAAAGGCUCUUUCUUUGGUUUAAUUACGAUUUAAUUAUUCUUCCUAAAAAUAAACAUUAUGGUUUCGGCAGUUCACUUAAACAUUCACGGCUGCGGAGGGUUGUUGCCUGGCGUAUCCAAUAAUGCAGUGGCUCCGGUGUCGCAAGUGCUGCGAGAGCUUAUGCUCUGUUAAAAAUAAAUAGGGCUAUUUGUAAACGUCGGCUAUAUAAAUGAUCCGUAAAGCUGUAUUUCACAGGACAUAGGCCCUUCGAUUUGCAUCACUCGCGCACGUCAAUUUGCUUUCGGUUUUGUCAGCAUGGACGGCUUCUGUUAAAGCAGUGGACCUGAUCCAGGUAAUCAGCAGUGUGUAGGGCAGAGAUAGCUGAAAAACAAGCAGGGCAGUGGGUCCCAAGGACCGAGUUUGAGAAUCACUGCGUUAAAGGAAGGCACAGAUGUGUCGGACAUCGACAAAAUGGUAAAGAAUAAGUGGAGAUUGCUUGGCUAAAUGAAAUGGGGGAUAAUGGCAAGCCAUUUAGUGCAUGGUGCAAAAAGAUGAAAAUGGCAGGUGUGUGCUUUUGUGUGGUGCCUGUGCUUUGUAUGCACUGCGUAAAUAGGUAGUAGGGCUGCAUGAUUCUGGGUAAAAUAUGAAUAAUGAUUUUUUUUUUCCAAUUCAGAAUCAAGAUUUAGAUUUUUCUCCCAUGAUUCUUAAGGAGUGCAUUUCUCUUCAUCUUCUUAUUUUUUAUUGUUAUUAUUAUUGUAUUAGGGGAUCCGUCCCCAGUUUGUACUCUUACUGUACGGAAAUAAGUUGUUUAAAAACUUAAAAAAAAAGCAGUGUGCCAUUUCUGUUCAGCUGAUACUGAAAUGUUAAUCAGUAUAUUGUGCAUUUCUACAUAUUACUGUUCCAUCUUCAUAAAGACAAUAUGUAAUGCAAAACAGUAUUCAGUAUUGAUGGUUCUGUGUUCCUGGAGCUAACCACUGCACUACCAUGCCACCCCCUGCAUGCUAUUUCAUUGUAUAAAAAGAAACUUACUGUACUGUACAAUAAAAUGUUUCACCACUG